AUGUCUGCAAACGGCAAGAUCUCUGUUCCCGAGGCAGUGGUCAAUUGGCUGUUCAAGGUCAUCCAGCCCAUUUAUAACGACGGAAGAACAACUUUCCACGAUUCUUUGGCGCUACUGGACAAUUUCCAUAGUUUAAGGCCAAGAACAAGGGUAUUUACGCACUCCGACGGCACUCCGCAAUUGCUGUUAUCCAUAUAUGGUACCGUUGGAACUGGUGGGAAUGGCUCAUCUCCUAAUAGCAUCCCUGUGAUCAUGUGGGUGCCUAGUAUGUACCCGGUAAAACCUCCCUUUAUAAGUAUAGACUUGGAAAAUUUCGACAUGAACACCAUCAGUAGUUCCUUGCCCAUUCAAAAAUACAUUAACUCUAAUGGCUGGAUCGCACUGCCUAUAGUCGACUGUUGGGAUCCUGCCGCGAUGAACCUUAUAAUGGUCGUACAAGAAUUAAUCAGUCUCUUAAAUGAGCCGGCGGAAGAUCGCGUGCCCAGUCUACCGCCCAAACCCAACACACAGCUCCAACUGGCGCGAACCACUCCCCCACUACCCCCGAAGCCCAAGUCCUCACACUUAAAACCGCCAUUGCCUCCACCUCCACCACCUCAACCGCCAUCCAACGCACUGGACCUUAUGGACAUGGACAAUACGGAUAUUUCCCUAACCAACCAUCACGAAAUGCUACAAAACUUACAAUCCGUAGUCAAUGAGUUAUACAGAGAGGAUAUAGGCUAUGUAGCGGACAAGAUACUGACGAGACAGACCAUUAUGCAAGAAUCUGUCGCCAGAUUUCAUGAAAUGAUCGCCGUCGACAAGAACCAUCUACGAGCCGUUGAGCAGGCUAUCGAGCAGACCAUGCACUCGCUAAAUGCGCAGAUAGACAGCCUGACCGCCGAAAGGGCCAAAGUCCAACAGUUUGGCUCCACGUCGCGUGUCGACGACGAGGACGUGAACUCUAUAGCAAUAGCACAAACAGAUGGACUCAAUCAGUUGUACAACCUCGUUGCCAAGGACUACGCUCUCACAGACACCAUUGAGUGUCUAUCUAGGAUGCUGCACCGUGGCACCAUCCCCCUCGAUACUUUUGUUAAGCAAGGACGUGAGUUAGCACGCCAGCAAUUCCUUGUGCGAUGGCAUAUCCAACGAAUCACCUCACCGUUAUCGUGA